GGCGCUUCGCGGAGGCAGGAAGUGUGUCCCCAGCGGCGGCCCGUGCCGCGCUCCCGCGAGACGCGACGCUCACCUGCGCCCCAGGUGCCGGGCUGCAGCACACCAUGCAGUGAGCCAUGCCCCGGCCAGGACAGCCCCGCCCGUCCUCGGGGCCGCCAUGCUUGGGACCCUGGGAGCGGCCAGCGGCGUACGAUAAGCCACCCCAGCCUCCGCCCGGCCGUCGCACCCGCAGGCCGGACCCCAAGGACCCUGGCCACCAUGGGCCCGAGAGCAUCACCUUCAUCUCGGGCUCUGCGGAGCCGGCCGCCGAGCCCCCGGCCUGCUGCCCGCUGUGGCGCCCCUGGGGCUGGGACUGGUGCCGGGUGGCCUUCUGCUUCCGCCGCUGCCGGGAUUGCCUGCAGCGCUGCGGGGCCUGCGUGCGGGGCUGCAGCCCCUGCCUGCCGGCCGAGGACUCCACCGAGGGGGCGGCCGAGGUCCACUGGGCCAAGGAGCACAACGGCGUGCCCCCCAGCCCCGACCGGGCACCCCCCAGCCGCCGGGACGGCCAGCGCCUCAAGUCGCCCAUGGGCAGCAGCUUCAGCUACCCCGACGUCAAGCUCAAGGGCAUCCCCGUGUACCCCUACCGCAGCGCCGCCGCCCCGGCCCCCGACGCGGACUCCUGCUGCAAGGAGCCGCUGGCCGAGCCCGCUCCCGCGCGCCACAGCCUGCCCACGGCGCUGGCCGGCAGCCCGCGGGGCUCGGAGGAGUACUACUCCUUCCACGAGUCGGACCUGGACCUGCCGGAGAUGGGCAGCGGCUCCAUGUCCAGCCGCGAGAUCGACGUGCUCAUCUUCAAGAAGCUGACGGAGCUGUUCAGCGUGCACCAGAUCGACGAGCUGGCCAAGUGCACGUCCGACACGGUGUUCCUGGAGAAGACCAGCAAGAUCUCCGACCUGAUCAGCAGCAUCACCCAGGACUACCACCUGGACGAGCAGGACGCCGAGGGCCGCCUGGUGCGGGGCAUCAUCCGCAUCAGCACCCGCAAGAGCCGCGCCCGCCCGCAGGCCAGAGCCGCCGCCGCCACCUCCACAACCACAGUGCCCGCCGCUGCCCCGGACAGUGGCCACGAGACCAUGGUGGGCUCCGGGCUCAGCCAGGAUGAACUGACUGUGCAGAUCUCUCAGGAGACGACGGCAGAUGCUAUUGCCCGGAAGCUGAGGCCAUACGGAACCCCAGGGUACCAAGCCAGCCAUGACUCGUCCUUCCAAGGCACUGACACAGACUCAUCAGGAGCCCCCCUGCUCCAAGUGUACUGCUGACCCCAGCCACUCAGCCCCUCUUGGGAGAAGUAUAUCCCACAGCAGAGGGGCCCAGAGCCCCUUCAAGCUCACACAGAACCGGGAACCCGGGAGCAGGGCCCACUCCUGCUCCUCCUCCUUUGGCUGACUGGUUCCUGGACCACUGCAUUUCACAGGGCCAUGGUGCCCAUGUUCCCCGCACCCCCAGCUGGCCUGACCCCUCUCUGGCCUGUUCCUGAUCACCAAAAGCGAAGACUUGGGUGUUACUUCAUCCCUGUAAUGCAUCACCCCAAAGUAAUCAUGGAAACUAAAAAAGUGGCCUGGGUUGGGGGUGGUAGGGCCUGUUUGAAAUUCUGUGGGCAGUGCCCGCUCAUUAUGCUCUGAUUCCACAUGUUAACAUGAUUGUAGUUUCAAGUACAAUGGCAGCAAAUGCCUGCCUGGUCAUGUGG